AUGGAGACCGCUUACUAUACCACCAGCCUAGACGCAUUGACUCCAGAAGAACGGGAUCUAGAGUACAAGCACCGGCAUACAUUCAUAGGAACUGGCUCGCUAGACGACUUCCUAGAAACACUGGAAACUACACCAAACCAUACUGCUACCAAAGAUGCGAUUGCUCGGGCAUUCGUACAACUGGCAGCAUCAGAGCAGCUCUACGCUCAACAAUGUUCUGCUGGUCAGGGGUGGGAUCUAGUUAUGCGCACAACACUGAGCCUCAUGGACGUUACUAGCGUCGAUUACAUUGUCCAGUCGCAAGUCAAGCUGGGCUCCAUUACGCUACGGCAAUUUCUGGACUUGAUACCUUUCGAUGAAGUCGAUGAGGUGGCGGCACUACGUAUCGUAGAAGCGUUCUCUAUUGCUAGCCAUCUGGAUGCGACGGCAUGUAUAGGCGCACGAAGUAAGGCACGAGCUUUCCGGAAGUGGAUGGUCGACCAAAAGAGGGCCACUGCCUUACGCAAGUACAAAAAGAGCGCGUCAGUCUUUCUAGAGGACGCCGCCCUUCAUAUGAUGGUUACCGAACAUCCGGGUGACAUCCAGCGCUACGCCGGAUUCUACAACAUGGUCUACCUCUUCCUCGACCCCUCUCACUGUCAAGAGUCAAAUCGACCAUUUGCGAACCCCCUUCUCACCAAGGACUCGACGAAUCGUUUCAUUUGGGAUAAGAUGGAGUAUGACUGCGCCGAUUACCUCGUAGACGAUGACGAUGAUCACCUUGAAUCGAUCGAGGCUGCAGCAGUUCGACCUAUUGAAGGGUCCAUCGGCGCACCCAUCAUUGUCGCUACGGAACAGGUGGCCGCUAUCUCGAAGAAGACGCAGAAGAAGACGUCUGCCAUCCAUCCUGGAGAAAACAUCAAGACGCGGCUUCGGCGCGUAUAUAACGACCGCCAGGAAGCAAAGAAGUUGGACAGCUGGCUGGCGUUGAAGGCUACGGUCGAGGCGGCUGCGACACUCAACGUCCCUGCUCACGUUUCCACUACCCAGUGGCACUUCUGGAACGCCGCUUUCUUGGAUAUCCUUCCGUGGCUACCAGCGCCCGAGCGCGCUGCUCGCCUCCUGGCCUUGGAGAGUCGCGAUGUCACUAAUGAAACUUCUAAACCAUGGUCUGGGAUCUGGCAGACCUACCAGUACGUUCAACUCAUCGACGAGAUUGAAACAACUGGGUGGGACAAGACUCUGUGCGACUUGUCCGAAAACUAUGAAGACUUCUCCGAGAAGUUGGUAGAUCUCGACGUGGCCACGCGCAUGGCUCUGGGUCUGCCGGUUGCACUGCCGCCAGUUCGCGAGGAGAACACGUCGGUGCUUUCCGAGUUCACUGAUUCCAAGCCAUCAACUCCUCAUACUCCAGUACUCGAAUCUGGCACUCGUCGUCCCAAGCUCCUCCCAAAGUCUCAGACUACGCGGAAGAACUUCGAAUUAGCCCAUCUGACUGAGAAGACUAUUCCAGCUUCCGAAGUCGCCACACCGUCGGCUGCUACCUUGUCGCCAACCGACACCAACAUAUUUAAGCUACCUGAAUCGGAGCCAGAGAAGCCUCCUACAUCGUUUGGUGGCUUCAAGUUUAGUAACACCGCUUCGAGGAUUGUCAGUGCCCAUCCUACGUCCAUGCUACUACAGUCCGCUCCAAAUUUGCAGCUCCCCGAUACACCGACUUUUAACUUUGGCUUCGCUAAGAGCACCUUUGACGCACCAAUCUCUGUCUACAUACCGAAACUCGAUGAACACACUGCUUCCGGGACGUGCAUGGCCACUCAAACGCCUGAACUACCCAAAUCAUCUUGGGCCGAACACACACCAAAGCCCGCAGUACUAACUGGCAAAGAUACAAAGUCUAUCUCGACUGCUUUUGGUACUACGGCUGUCGGCUGCGAUCAUUCCUCAUCAGAGAGACCCAUCAUCCUCACUCAACAUGCUGAGCAACCUCCUAAGUCUGAUCUCGAAGGCUCUAUAAAGGUAGAGGGUACUGAAUGGGAGACCCAAGCAGCUGUCGAAGCGAAGUCAGAAGACCAAGAAUACUCUACUCGGUUGACCAUGGUCAUUGAUGAGCUUAUGGUUGCUAAGCUUAUCGAGAACUUUUGGAAAGAAACUUCAAACCCUGGUAGAGGGGAGACACUCAGCGACACUACUUCCAGGGAACAAAAGGAACCUUCCCGUUCAGACGAUGAGCAACCCAACCAAGGUGGCCAAACCGCCGGUCUCCCAACAAAGGAAUACGGUACUCGGUUCCCAACCUACACCGUUCGAGACUUCGCGGAGAAAUACGUCCUCGCACGAAGUUCAGAUCUCUCUGUCGAUGACAUAUUCACUAGACUUACCAAUUUCUCGAAUGGCCGCCUCUUCGAUGUCAACUGCGUGCUUCUUAACGUUGACGAGAAUGACGAGAGCAAGCCUGCAACGUUUGAGGAAGCAGUUGGCAUGCUCGAGCCGUAUUUAGCAGGUCAGUGGACUCUGGAUAAUGCAGAUAGCGAUUCCGCAUCCAGUUUCGGUUCGACUCCGUCGUUGACGCACUCGCAUUUCUCCGAAGACGAGCUUGCCAUCGAUACCGAGAUGGCAGAAGAGUACAUGCUCGAUGGAUACGGGUGGCCGCUCGAGCUGACCGGGUUGCCUCAAAACGACAAGAAGUUCUUCGAAGCGGUACAUACGAAGAUCGUCGCAGAGACCGAUCAGUAUGAGUUCGAUUGGUGGGCUGAGGUAGAUUGCCUUCUGGGCCCUCAAGAUGAGGAAGAUGACGACGAUGAUUACGUUGUACCCACGGUCGAUGAUGAUGGGAAACCCAUCAAGCUCACACUAGACAUAAACCCUCUACAAGAGGAUUGGGCCGAAGACGUUUUCUCGCAGGUCUUCCCAGACUUCGAGCAGACUGAGGCUAAGCUUCCUGAUGUCGCGCCGCAACUCCAGGUGGAAGUUGAUGAGACAUGCUUUUCGAAUAUGUUCGACUUCGAGUUCUUGCCUGAAUCAGUCGAUAUGCCGGAACACACUUCAAUCGAGGCGGCGAAGUUACCAGACGUUCCACUCGUCGACCCUUCGAUGGCUAGUCUCGGGUCCAUCUUUGCAGAUCACGAUAGGCUCCUGCAUGAGCUAUGUUCAUUGGCUGUUGCAGCAGUAGGCAUUGAUGCGGAAGACCAGAAGGUCGGCUACCGUCUAUCUAGUCCCGCUGUACGUACUGUUCAGUCAAAGGCUGUGCCUACCGAGAACUCAGGACCACUCGAUGGUAUCGGAACUGGCAGUUCUGCUCAUGUGAACUUAGCUGCGAUUUGGCCCUUGACGUUCAGCCAGCGCGACACAGUCCAUCACCUACCGCACUUUGAUCUAACGGUAGAUGACUGGCUCAAGUCUCAACGACAAAGCAGCCCCACAAACAUCAACAUCAACGGACUGAGUGAGCCAGCACGGUUCGAUGUGGCCAAACUUUGA